AUUGCAGCAGAUAAAACAAUUACACUAUAAUUAUAUACAAUCACAACAAUAUCCUGAGGGUCGAAAUAUCAGAUUUCCUAGUAACGAAGUUACAUAGACUUACUGAAACAUGAACAACUCUGCUGCAAAUUCUGCAGCUCAGGUAGGAGAAAUAUUUACUGAGGCUGGGGCUGCAUUUAAUAAACUUGCAGAUUUGGCAAUGUCAUUGCACCCAAUGGUAGAUUCAUCAACCAGCCAACCGCCAAAAACUCCUGUCAAAAAGAAACUCCCAGAAGAGAGAACUUUGGCCAGCAGUAAUGUGUCAGGGCAUGCUCAGCAUAAUAUACAUAAUGCACCUUUAUCCCAACAGGUGACAUUGAACAUGUUAAAUGCACAUGAAACAGAGAUGGAUGCAGAUGGCUUGGGUGGUGAUGUCAAACUAGAAUUUGAGUCGAGCACAGAGGAGGUUACUACUUAAAUAAAACCUUUUUUAGGUACUUAUUACUUUUAUUCAUGCUGUAUCAUAUCUUCAUUCCGUUAAAAUUAGUAAUCAUCAGUCAAAGAAUGACUUGAUUUUGUGAAGAGUAUUUGAUUUCUUAAAUACACUUGAUUUUUGUAAAAGUAUAAUGAAGCUAACAUAACAUGUACAGUCAACAAAAAAAAUCUGGUAAAAUAACAAGAAAGCAGGAUAAGCUGCCACAAGUGAUGGUUAUCACAAAAUUAAAAAUACAUAAUAAAAUAUCAAAAGCUUGGACAUUUCAUAAAUAUUCACUGAUAAACUUAUUGUUGGUGGCUCAGCUAGUUAACACUUCCCAAAAGAUUAUUGUUAAUUUUGUUGACUGUACAAUGGUCACCUUUCAUUUACACAACAUUACUCAUGUAUGAAGCAAUUUUGGUAUUGUAUUGAGAUGUAGAUGACUGAAUUGUUAGGUUUUUUAGGUACAGAACUUCUACUGACUAUUAACUAAGAUACUACAAAAGCUGUUAGGUAUGAAAUAUCACUCAAUAUUUUGAUCUGAAAGGAGACAUAUUGAUGCAUGGAUAUUUUAAAGUAAAAGGUAUAUCAACAUGUAACUCUUAAGUAUGGAAUGAUAAUAAAUUAGUGAUAAAUGUAAGUUUAUAAAUAAAUAUAUAUUUUUAUCAUA